AAUCAUUAUGCACUGAAGAGGCCUACUUGUGAAGAAGAGGAUAUUCUCUGUUGGCUGACUUGACAACGAAUUUACAGCGAGUUUUGUUGCUAGGGAAUGUGCUCACAUCCUGACUGUGUUCCUACAUGACUGUGUGGGGCAAUAUUCGGAAUGAAGCUGUCAUCAUGUCUUCCAUGGGCAAUGGCAUUGAUAUUGAAGAAUUCUUGGUUAACAUUAACUUGGGACAGUAUCUUCCUAACUUUAAAGACCAUGGCUAUAACAUUGUGACAGAUUGUGUGGGAAUAAAUAACAGUGUGCUUCAGCAAAUGGGAGUGUUGCCUACAGGGCACCGCAGGAGGAUUCUUAAGCAAUUGGACACCACUUUUUCAAAAAUGCAAGAAAAAAACCUUUUCUCUGGAAAUCUAAAACUCAAAGACUUGAAAGGAUUAGAGGAGAAGCAAUGUUUGUCCCCGCAUCAGGAAUCCUCAGUAAGCAAUUUAAAUGUAGAUGGGACUACAAAAACUAGUUUAAUAUCUGCAACAUUGUCAGUACAACCUGCUAACAGAACUCAUGUUGAUAAAGGAACAUUUGAGCUUGCAGAGCAAAACUUAUCAGAGGGAAAAGAUGAUAACUUGACAGAUUUGGAAUUUUCUAGUUCAUACCAGAAUUCAGACAGCUUACUAAAAGCUACCAAUCUAAGCAGAAGUAUUGAGACGAAUGCUCAGCCGGAUGCAUCACUGGAAGAAGCUGCUGCAUACCAAGCUGAUGAGCACUUGGAUGGCCAUUCAGCAUUUUCCCAUCCUCCUCCUUCGUUCGCUUAUUCAUGUGAGACAAAAUCCAGUGAAAACAAACAGCCAAUGUUUGCAGAUGAGGACAAUUUAUCUGACAGUGAGCCAAGUUCUCCAUUCUUUCAGUUUAAAGGAGAAAUGAUAGACAAUGACUUAUAUGAUUCUUGUGCACAAAGCUGCACGAAAGUGGUUCCAAGAACAAGCCGAUCUUUUAUUUUAAGGCAUCGACCUGUUCCAGAAAUCCCAGAUUCAAGUAAAGUUGAAACUUUAUCAAGUUCCCUUCAGAAAAGAAGAAAUGUGGAGCUUUCAAAUAUAGCUUGUCCUGGAAGACAGAUUUCACAGAAAAAAACUUUCACAGAAGAAAAGCCACCUGUCAUCUCUCCAUAUGGAGAAACCUUUCUUUGCAACAACGGUAACAGUGCUAAAGAACUUCAUGGAAGUGAAUUCUUGGAUUAUGAAAAUAAAUUGGAUCUGGAAAUGAAUGAAGAACACGCUUUUCACAAGGAAUGCUGUUCCGUUGGUAACAAGGAAGAGAAGACAAAGGACUGUGUGAGAAGUGAAGCUCUGUCUCCUGAGAGCAAACCACUGCUACCAGAAGAGCUUGAAAGUGAUUCUGUAUAUUCUGUUGUGGAACAACAUUCUUUUUCUUUAAAGAAAAAGAAAAGUAAAGCUAAAUCCAGUAGUAAAAUCCACAGUGAAGAUUCAAAUUGCUUGAGCAGUGAGGGAAUGCAUCUUCGAACUUUUGACAGAGAUCCAGCUUUGAAUAUAAACGAGUCAAUAACACCAUAUGCUUGUUUUUAUGGACCAUCAGCAAAGAAGGCUAAAGCUGGAUGGCUGGAUAAAUUAUCUCCUCAAGGUAAACGAAUGUUUCAGAAACGCUGGGUCAAGUUUGAUGGAGACAGCAUUUCCUAUUACAAUAAUGAAAAGGAAGUGUUCUCUAAGGGGAUAAUCCUUCUUUCUGCUGUAGCAACAGUAAGAGUUCAUGGGGAGAAUAAAUUUGAAGUUGUCACAUCCCACAGGACUUUUGUCUUCCGGGUGGAUAAAGAAGAAGAAAGGAAUGACUGGGUUAAUACAAUACUCAAUGCCUUGAAAUCACAGUCUGAUAAUAACUCUCAGCCUCGAACUUCUGUUGCCCCUGAGAAAUGUGGAUAUCUUGAACUGAAAGGAUACAAAACCAAAAUCUUUAUUCUGCUUCAGGGGAAUACAGUGUGGAUCUGCAAAAAUGAGCAGGAUUUUAAGGCAGGAUUUGGUAUCACUUUAAUCCCGAUGAAUGUGGCAAAUGUGAAACAAGUGGACCGGACGGCAAAACAGUCUUUUGAAUUAAUUACUCCCUAUAAAAGCUUUAGCUUUACAGCAGAGUCAGAAAGAGAGAAACAAGACUGGAUUGAAGCACUGCAGCAAUCGAUAGCAGAAACUCUGUCUGAUUAUGAAGUAGCUGAGAAGAUUUGGUUCAAUGAGUCAAACAGGAGCUGCGCUGACUGCAAAGCUCCCAAUCCUGACUGGGCAUCCAUCAAUCUCUGUGUUGUCAUUUGUAAGAAGUGUGCAGGACAACACAGAUCUCUAGGACCAAGAGAUUCAAAGGUUCGAAGCCUGAAGAUGGAUGCCAGCAUUUGGAGUAAUGAACUUAUUGAGCUCUUCAUCAUCAUUGGAAAUAAGAGGGCAAACAGCUUUUGGGCAGGAAGUCUUUCUCCAGAUGAAGAGCUGCACAUGGAUGCCCCUGCAGAGAAAAGGAUAGCAUUCAUUACACAAAAAUACAAGGAGGGAAAAUUCAGGAAAGUGCCUUUUCCGUACAAAUCCAAAGAACAGUUGAAUAAGGCUCUAUGUGCUGCAGUAGUUAAACAAGAUGUGCUGGAAACUCUGAUGUUGCUGUUCAGUGGGGCUGAUGUCAUGUGUGCCACUGGAGAUCCUGUUUACAGUACUCCCUACUUACUAGCCAAGAAAGCUGGACAAAGACUACAAAUGGAGUUCCUCUACCAUAAUAAGUUCUCAGAUUUUCCAAACACUGACGCUGGUUUUGAAAGUGGCUUCUCUCAAGAUUCUUCACAUUCCACCUUUCUUUGUGAAUUUUUAUACAAGGUUUCUUCUAAUACUGCUAAGCUUCUUACAGAGAAGAAAUUAAAAGAAGAAUGCAACAGAAGAUGGUGCACUUUGGAAAGCGGCUUUCUAAGCUACUACGAAAAUGAUAAAGCUACCACUCCUAAUGGAAUGAUUGACAUCAGUGAAGUCAUUUGUCUUGUAGUGCACAAGUCAGACUUCUUUUCAAAUAGAGGGGACAUCUUUACCUUUGAAAUCUACUUAAUGUCAGAACGUGCUUUUCUAUUUGGAGCUGAAACUGCAUAUUCACAAAGAAAAUGGACUUGGGCAAUAGCUAAGCAUUUUGUUCCCCCUGUGGCUGGAUGUUUAUUGGAGAGGGACUGUGACCUGGUUGGGCAACUGUACUACAAGGACUGCCACACCCUGGACCAGUGGCGAAAGGGCUGGUUUGCCCUAGAUAAGUCAAGCCUGCAUUUUUGUCGUGAAAUGGAGAAUGCACAAGAAGACUCAAUAUAUUUAAGGAGGCUGCAAGAGCUAACAAUCAGUAGUGUGAUGCAAAAUGGAGAAAAAAUAGAUGUCCUGCUGCUUGUUGAAAAAGGAAGAACACUGUUCAUCCAUGGUCAUACGAAGCUGGAUUUCAUGGUUUGGUAUACUGCAAUUGAAAAAGCAGCAGGUACUGAUGGCAAUGCCUUACAAGAUCAGCAGCUCAGCAAAAAUGAUGUUCCUAUUAUAGUGAGCAGCUGCAUAGCAUUUGUUACACAGUAUGGUUUAGGUAGCAAAGAGAUCUAUCUCAAGAAUGGCAAUUCCUCCAAUGUGGCUGAGUUGCUUGAAAGCUUCAAAAAAGAUGCAAGAAGUGUUAAACUAAGAGCUGGAAGACAUCAGCUUGAAGAUGUGACUGAUGUACUGAAGAGUUUUCUUUCUCAAAUAGAUGAUGCACUUCUCACUAAAGAACUUUACCCCUUUUGGAUUUCUGCACUAGACACACAGAAUGAAAAGGAACGUGUGAGGAAAUACGGAGCUUUUAUUCGGACACUUCCAUCGGUCAAUAGAGCAACUUUGGCAGCUUUAAUUGAACACCUUUACAGGGUGCAGAAAUGUUCUGAAAUCAAUCAUAUGAACCCUCACAAUCUAGCCAUGGUGUUUUCCUCAUGCUUAUUUCAAACUAAAGGCCAGACUAGUGAAGAAGUCAAUGUAAUUGAAGAUCUAAUUAAAAAUUAUGUACAACUUUUUGAUAUCAAUGAAGACCAGGUCAAACAAAUGGAUAUUGAGAACAGUUUCAUUACCAGGUGGAAAGACACUCAGGUCUCCCAGGCUGGAGAUUUGCUUAUUGAAGUUUACGUGGAAAGAAAAGAGCCAGACUGCAGUAUUAUAAUCAGGGUAUCUCCUUUGAUGGAAGCAGAAGAAUUAACUAAUGAUGUUUUAGGAAUCAAAAAUAUCACUCCUAAUAAAGACGAUAUCUGGGCUGCUUUUGAAGUACUUGAAAAUGGAGAACUAGAACGUCCUCUGCAUUAUACGGAGAAUGUGCUAGAGCAGGUUCUUCAUUGGAGUUCACUACCGGAGCCUGGGACUGCCUAUCUAAUAAUAAAGAGAUUCCUCACAGCAGACAUGAUAAAACUCUAUAGUGAGAAAAACAUGAAAGGUAGUAUGAAAGCAGGCUAUCUGAAGUACAAAGAAGAACCGUCAAAGCUUCUGUCUGGAAAUAAGUUUCAAGAGCGGUAUUUUGUGCUACGGGAAGGAAACUUGCUUCUUUACAAGGAUAUGAAGGCCAGCAAACCUGAGAAAGUGUUGCCUGUCCCUUCCUUGAAGCUUUAUCUUGGAGUGAAAAAGAAAAUGAAGCCACCAACAAACUGGGGUCUUGCAAUAUUUUCUGAAAAGCACCAGUGGCAUAUCUGUUUUGAUGGACAGGAUGCACAGAUGGAGUGGCUCAUCAGUAUUUUUACUGCACAGCAUGUAGAUAUAUGGCCACCUGCUGGAAAAGCAAGAAAACAAUCUAUAACUAAAAGUCCAAAGAUUGGAGGUUUGCCAUUAAUUCCCAUUCAGCAGGAGAAGAACGCCUGUAAAAUUGGAGGGAGUAUAGAGAAUAUAGAUUUGGAAUCUGGGAAACUCAAACUUGUUGAGCAUCAUGAGGAUGACUCACUGGAAGAAAGAAAAAACUUGAAAGAAAAAGCAUCUAUUGUGGCACAGUGCUUGGAACGCAAGGAGGAAGAGGUGCGAAAUCAAGCAAAGAAGCAUCGGAGCUUGACCUGUGUGGAGGACAGAGGUAGGACUGACCAAAGACAACACAAGGAAGCAAAAGCACUGAAGAAAAAUAAGAACAAAGCAAAAAAGACUACUUUGGAUAUGGAUAGCAAAUUGCCAUCAAAUGUGAUUGAGGAAUUAAAUACGGUGCUGCAGAGAAACAGAGCACUUCAUGAUGAAACCUCCAGCUGAUUUCUAAAGCUUAAAAGAAACAAUAUAUAUAUAUUUAUGUAUAGGCAGAAACUGCCUUUUUUGAAGUGUACAUUUUGUACAGUGCAGAGGAAGUAUAAUUUGUUUACAUGCAGCUGUUGAUUUUAUAUAUACUUAUGCAACAUUAUAAUUUAAGACUGAACUGAUUAUGUAACAAUCCAGAAAUUUGAAAGUUCUUGAUGUUCUGUGCAAUGGUACCAGGGUUUUGUCAAUUUUUUUUAAUGCAGAUUUUAUGUUAGAUGUAAGAAUUAUAAGCACUAGUAAAAGCUUUGGCUCUGUUUAUGCUUUCUACCAUCUUGUAAGUACUGAAGAAAUAUUCUUUGAAGGAAGAGUAGAGACAUGCUGAAAUUCAUAGUUCUGGUUUGCAUCAUUUUUAAUUGCCUAACACUAUAUGAAAAUAAGUAGCUUACCUGCCUUGAAGAGUGUUUUUAACAUGUAUUUUUUUUCUGCACUUAGGAAUAAAAUGAGUAUCUUUUUUCGGAGAUUUGUCCUCUAUAGAUUGGCCCAUGAAAGGAUCAAAAACGGGAAGGAUGUAGUGUAUAUAAGGCAAAACUGUGUCUAUAUGAUGUACAUCUGAUUGUGUCCUCUAAAUAACGAAAAAAAAUACUGAGGGUCCAAAAGGAAUUCUUCCAAGCAAUUUCAUUUAAUUUAAUGCAUGUAUGAAUUUGAAGGAUAGCAGCAUCUUUUUGCUCAACAGAUUGGAGUAAUUUUAUAAAUAGGAACUGGGUAGCUCAGGGUCAGAAUGGCAGUUUUUUGCAUGAGUAGGUCAGUGUUUAGAUGUGGCUUGCUUGGUGCUAACAAAGGUGCUGAUGAAUAUUUAAUAGUCCCACUGAAAAUAAAUUUCCUCGGGAAAAAUGGUCCCCACACAAAUACAUCCAUCAAAAGGGCACUAAUUCACUCAGUAAAGGAGUGCCAAUUACUGCGUGUGAGAGGAAUUAACCUUUCCUUUUAUCGAUAGGACAAGGUUGCACGUACGCUGCUCGCAGGGACUGUGAAAGGCUCGUGCUACUGCUCUCAUUCUUUGGGGCAUAAAGAGAGGUCACAAGGCUGAGACAACAGCAAGCAUAUGGUGUGUUACCUUGCAAUUAUUUGCUUUGGUUUUAAGCCAGGAUCCUCAAAGAUGAGGA